CAUAAAGUGUGGGUACGCUCUGUAACUUCAACUGACAGCUGCAAAAACCGAGGGACAGGACAACGUCAAACUUGCGGAGUCGCACCGAACUAUUGCAACAAUGGAGUGGACCGCGAUGGAGAUCAAUCCUGAGAUGCUGAACAAGAUGAUGAGCAAGCUUGGCGUGGGUGAAAACUGGCGCUUCGUGGAUGUGCUGGGGCUGGAGGGUGACCAACUCUCUGCCGUCCCGAAACCAUGCUGUGCCCUGAUGCUGCUCUUCCCACUGACACAACAGCAUGACUCUUUCAGACAGCAGCAGACAGACAAGGUUGCAGAAGACUCUGAUGUCUAUUUCCUGAAGCAGACCAUAACCAAUUCCUGUGGCACUAUUGCCCUGCUGCAUGCAGCAGCCAACAACAAAAGCAAAUUGACUUUUGAUGGUGACUCUGCCUUGAAGAAAUUUCUAGAUGAGACUGCAAAGAUGUCUGCUGAUGACCGUGCCAAACAACUGGAGAAUAACAAGCCAAUCCGUGAGGCUCACAAUGAUGUUGCAGCACAGGGCCAGUGUAGGCCGGAAGCAGACAAAGUCAAUUUCCACUUUAUUGCCUUUGUCAAUGUAAAUGGACAACUUUAUGAAUUUGAUGGGAGAAUGAAUGGACCAGUGAACCACGGAGACACCAAAGAUGAUUCCUUCAUAACGGAUGCAGCCAAAGUGUGCCGUGGAUUCAUGGAGAGAGAGCAAGGCGAAGUGCGCUUCUCUGCAGUGGCUCUUUGUCAGAGUUAGAUAUUUGGCAGGAAACAGAACCAAACUGUAAACCAAAAUGUGUUGGAGCAUUCACAUGGCAAACACAAUCAACAGGCACCCAGAAUGACCUGUGCACACACAUACAUCUGCAGACACUAUGCACUAUAAAGCACAUAUUGUUUCCACAUAUUGUACUCUCAUCUCAUGAACAAAGCAUUCUUUAGCAUUAGCACAUGUACACGCAAACACAAAUCAAAACCUUUUGUUCUGCUAACACUAACUGAUACAAGCUUGUCCAAAUCUUUUUAUGUGAUGUCAUUUAGCAGUGAAAAUUGUAAAACAUGAGGUCAGAUCUCACCACUGCUUGUGUGCAUUUGUCCUUUUGCAGCUUUUGUUUUCUGAAUGUAAUCAUUGGUGCAUCUGUGUCAAACUCAAAAGACUGAUGCUUAAAUACCUUUUGUGCCAAUAAGAGUGAGAGGGGAAAAAAGCAGGAAACUUGUUUAGGGAAACUUUUUUUGGCCUGUUUCUCCGAAUGCCUUUAGUUGCUGUGUGGUUGAGCUCGUAAGGAUCUGACAUUCCUCACAACAGCCCAAAUGUGUCCGUAGGAAUAAUUUAACCAUUGUUUCGAAGCAUGCAGGCAACCUUUUGAGUUGUGUUCUUGGGUGUCACUCUGACAUUUCUCUGAAAAACUGAAGUUUUAUGUGAGAAGUUUCAAUUUAAAGCACAGAAAUAAAGCUGACGGUGGAUUACAGACAUUUCUCUUAAUUUAGCUCACUGCCAUUUUUCAGAAUUUGAUCAACUCAAUUGAAUUAUAUUUGUAAAUUAUUCAUUUGAAAAUGGCUCUCAAAUAUCCAAAUAGUCAAAUACACUAUUACUGUGCAGGUUUAACACAAAAAAUACAAAACUUCCAAUCAAGAUCGGGACCAUCUAAGUAAAGUGCUACUGUAUGUUGGGUUGUUGUCGUGCAGUGCAGGGUGAUUAGUACUGUAUGUCUAGGCAGUGUUCAAAUUGUUUACCUUUUUUGCACUUUCCAAAUACUAUGUUGCUGUAGUUCUGCUGGUGAUGCUGUGGGAAUUCAAUAAAGCAACCAUUAAACCUG